CAUCACAAAUAUAAGUUAAAAUUAUUCUUUUUUAUAUUAGUGUAAUUAAAUAUAAAUUAAUAUGUAAAGUAUUUACAAUUGCAAUUCGUAUUUUUCGUGGAUAUUAAUUUAGUUUUAUGACAUUCAAAUUCUUCUAUAGAAGAUAAUUGAAGCACAAUUCUUAAGUUUCCCAUAUAUUUUAACACAAAUACAAUUAUGUUUACGCGGCAUAUUAUUCCUUGCGUCACCAUCUUAUUAUACCCUUGGUUUGCGCAUGCUCAAACUGGGUCAACAACUGAAACGAAUUCAAUCAUAGAUAUAUGGUACGCCAAACCUUCUAGAGCGAAAUGUGGCACCGAAUAUGGCUGUUUCUCAGACCCCGAAGUUUGCGAAUUUACCCAGCUAGAGUCAAUGAACAAUCUGACUACUCCACUUUGUCAAAUAUUUUUAUUACACAGGCAAAAUCCGAAAGAUAAAAAUAAAAUUGAUUUCUACUUAGAAAGAAAAGGAAUAAAAGAAAAUGAUUCAAAGAAUAAAUAUAUUGCCUUAGGCCUGGGUCCGACUAAAGUGAUGGCAGGUUCUAGUGCAAUUAUGUGCAUGAUAUUUGGCAGUGGAAAUAAUGCCCAAGUUUUAAAUCGUUACAAUAAAGGUUAUGAAAAUCAAGCUCUACCAAUAGAGGAUGGUAAAUUGGGAUUGAGUGACACCAAAGUGGAGCUUGUUAAAGAUGUCGAUUCACUAAAUACUCAAAAAAUAUCUUGUAAAUUCACGAAAGAUAAGACAUUGGGUAAUGAUAAAGUAUUCAAAUUGAUUUCCCCCGAUAACAAGAAGGCACGUCUUAAAAGGCAAGAUAAUACUGUACCUAUAUCAACUACCACCAAAACCUCAAAUCAAUCUGACACUAAUUUAGAAAAAUAUCAUCUAAUCUUAGUUGAAGGGAAUAUGAAUGAUAACGGUGAACCAAAAUAUCAUGCACAAAGGAAACCCCAUGUAAGCACACAAAAAUUUGCACUCGCUCAGUUGUUAAUAAACUCCGCGGUGGUGAUGGGUGGUCAUUUAAGCUCAAUUCAUAUUUUGACAAAGUUACACGGUAUUUUCAUGCUCAUAGGGUGGAUAUUUUUAGUGAGUGUAGCGACAUUAUAUGCCAGGCACCUAAAAUUAUUUUGCCCUCAAAAAACUUAUUGCGGCGGGUUAAAACUAUGGUUUGUUAUUCACAGAUCUUUCAAUAUAUUGGCCGUCAUUUUGAUAAUAAUUGCCACUAUACUAAUAUUUGUACGGAUUCGAGGUUGGAGCUAUAAUCCACUAUAUUUACCCAAUAAAGUUCCUUUGGCUCAUUCAAUAACGGGAAUAUUGGCAAUUAUUUUCGCUGUUAUUCAGCCAAUCAUUGCUUAUUUUAGACCCCAUCCAGGUGUGAGUGUUAAAAGAAUAACCUUUAAUUGGUUUCAUAGGUUAAUAGGAACCCUAGGUUUGUUAUUAGCCGUCGCUUCUAUAUUUUUGGCAACAAAGUUCACGUAUUUUUCAAAUAACGACUUCAUACAAUCCAUCCUGAAAUUAAUGAUCGCUGCUGUAUUUCUUUAUGGGACAGCAGAGAUCAUUUUGUGGAGCAUCCAUUUUGUACGGGCCUAUUAUAUAAGAAACAAACAUGACAAAAAUAAGAAAAGCUAUGACUUGACAAAUUUGGAUGGAAACAACACCAACUACGUCGCCUCAAAUCCGACUGACGUUCCGGUAACCCCCCAAAAUAUCACAGCAGAAUUAAAACUAAACAACAAAUGGGAGCUAAUCAAAUUUGCCAUCGUAAAUCUUUUAGGUUUGUUACUUUUAGGUUUGUUAAUAGCCAUGAUAGUUCAACUGGCUAGAGCUUAGAAAUAGUCUUUCAGACGUAUCUCCUCUGUAAAAAAAAUUGUUUGAGAGAAUGGAUACUAUAAUUACAAGGUCAAAAAUGUUCUUAUUUUAUAUCAUCGCUAUAAUGAUUGCUAUGAAGUGUUAAGAAUGGUGAUAUAAUAAAAUAAAUUUAAAUAUAUUUUUAUAUUAAACAUUUAUUUCAUUGACUAAUCAAAUUAUAUUGUUAAAUUUGUCUAUUUCAAUUUUU